AUGCUCAACCUCGUUGGUCAAGCGCUUAUGUCUGCCAAUGAUCAAACUACCUACGAGAACGCUCACGAACACUGCACUGAAGAGGAGUUAUACGUGCACGUUGGCGCAAAAAUAGCCCCAUUGGGGUCCUUUUUUGACGAUAUCAACUACGUCAAAACGCUGCAACAAUACGAGCUCUUUCAAGACUGUCAGCGCGCUACAAACGCUUAUCCAUCCGUUGAUAAACCACCUAAAACACUCGAGCCGGUUAAGCCAGUUCACCAUAUAAACAGAGUUACAAUUGAGGACUCAAACUCGAUAAGGAGUAACAACAAGCUACCUGACGCGCCAAGUUGGAUGAGAUCUGAUGGCCUUACUGCUGCUGACUGGGCCGUGAUUACUGAGUAUCAAGAGACCCAAAGCCACUCAAAGGAGCUACUCAACGCCUUGAAGGCCGCGGCAAAGACGGCAAAGACGGCGCUAUAUACAAGAUUAUACCAGUGCACAAGCACGUCCUUAACUGCCUCGAGGAGCGACUCCAAUUGUACGGAGAUGUUGACUUUAACGCUCAUUGUGAGGCGCUCGUCGCGCGGAGUUGCACCUACAGGCAGCUCAAUUGAUGACGCAAUUAGUGCUUACUUGCGCGGCGGAGGCAAUGCAGACGCUCGAAUUGAUAAGUUUGAGGACUGGAAAUUUCAUGAACCUGAGUUGACAGCAGCCCAGUACAAGGCACAUGGCAGCCCAGUACAAGGCACAUGGCAGCCCAGUCUUGUAUUGGAUACAACUGCGGCUAAAAUACCCUGA